AUGAAGGAGGGCCUGACUCUGAAGCAGGACAUGGAGGCCUGCUCCUCUGUGGAGGACCCCUUCACCACCCACUACAAAAUGAUGAGGGCUUUGGGCCACGGACACUUUCCAGAGGUCAACCUGGCCUUCUGUGUGCCCACAGUGACCCGUGUGGCUGUAAAAACUCUUAGAGAUAAGUACACCUCCAUUAUUGUCAGUGAAAUCAGCGUCAUGAAAUCUCUUAACCGUCCUAACAUAAUCAAGCUGUUUCACAUGGUUAAGAGGGAAGAGAUCACCUACCUGGUGAUGGGGCAUGCCUCAGAGGGAGAGCUGCUGUGGCGCAUCCUAGAACUGGGGUUUUUACAGGAGAGCGAGGCUCAAAGGAUAUUUACCCAGAUUGUACAUGCAGUGAGUUAUUGCCGUGACAAUCAUGUUGUCCACAGAGACAUCAACGCCACGAAUAUCCUCAUGGACUGCAGGGGGAACGCCAAGCUGAUCCAUUUUAGCUUCACUGUCAAAGUCACUCCUGGGCAGAAACUGCGGGGUUUCUGCGGCACUCUAUCCUAUUGUGCCCCAGAACUCUUUGCAGGGGACGCUUACCCCAUGUGGUGUUUAGGUGUGUUCCUCUUCCUCAUGGCCGGGCACUUCCCUUUCUGAGCUUACUCUUUUGUGGACUUGAAGAAGGAGAUCACCUCAGGCAACUUUAGAAUUCCUCACCAUGUUUCCAUCAAUAUUUUCAAUGUCUCGAUCUAUAACUCAGGCUGGAAUGAAA